AUGAAAAGGAAAAAUAUCCAAAUCUCCUCUCUCUCUCUCUCUCUCUCUUUUCUCGUCCAUUCCUUCUCUCUCUUCUUUCUCCUUCCUACCCUUCAAUACAUUUCCCUCCUUUAUUAUCUCAUGAAACCUUUCUAUCGUCCCGAUCUUUUUAGCUCUCAGUCAGAUUCUCUUUCUAUUUACAUGAAAAGGAAAAAUAUCCCUCUCUCUCUCUCUCUCUCUCUCUCUCUCUUUCAUAACGUCCAUUCCUUCUCUCUCUUCUUUCUCCUUCCUACCCUUCAAUACAUUCCCUCCUUAUUAUCUCAUGAAACCUUUCUAUCGGUCGAUCUUUUUAGCUCUCAGUCAGAUUCUCUUUCUAUUUACAUGAAAAGGAAAAAAUCCACCUCUCUCUCUCUCUCUCUCUCUCUCUCUUUUCCUAACGUCCAUUCCUUCUCUCUCUUCUUUCUCCCUUCCUACCCUUCAAUACAUUCCCUCCCUUAUUAUCUCAUGAAACCUUUCUAUCGGAGAAAAUAUCCACUCUCUCUCUCUCUCUCUCUCUCUCUCUCUCUCUUUCAUAACGUCCAUUCCUUCUCUCUCUUCUUUCUCCCUUCCUACCCUUCAAUACAUUCCCUCCCUUAUUAUCUCAUGAAACCUUUCUAUCGGUCGAUCUUUUUAGCUCUCAGAAAAAAUAUCCUCUCUCUCUCUCUCUCUCUCUCUCUCUCUCUCUCUUCUUUCCUUCUCCCGUCCAUUCCUUCUCUCUCUUCUUUCUCCCUUCCCUACCCUUCAAUACAUUCCUCCUUAUUAUCUCUCUCUCUCCUUUCUAUCGGUCGAUCUUUUUCCCUUCUGCUCUCAGUCAGAUUCUCUUUCUAUUUACAUGAAAAGGAAAAAUAUCCACUCUCUCUCUCUCUCUCUCUCUCUCUCUUUCAUAACGUCCAUUCCUUCUCUCUCUUCUUUCUCCCUUCCUACCCUUCAAUACAUUCCCUCCCUUAUUAUCUCAUGAAACCUUUCUAUCGGUCGAUCUUUUUUAGCUCUCAGUCAGAUUCUCUUUCUAUUUACAUGAAAAGGAAAAAUAUCCUCUCUCUCUCUCUCUCUCUCUCUCUCUUUCCUUUCUCUCCUUUCCUUCUCUCUCUUCUUUCUCCUUCCUACCCUUCAAUACAUUUCCUCCUUAUUAUCUCAUCCAACCUUUCUAUCGGUCGAUUCUUUUUAGCUCUCAGUCAACCUUCUCUUUCUCUUUUCAUGAAAAGGAGAAAAUAUCCUUCUCUCUCUCUCUCUCUCCAUUCCUCUCUCUCUUCUCUUUCCCUCCUUAUUAUCUCAUGA